AUGUCUGGACGCGGCAAGGGAGGCAAGGGACUCGGCAAGGGCGGCGCCAAGCGCCACCGCAAGGUGUUGCGCGACAACAUCCAGGGCAUCACGAAGCCCGCGAUCCGCCGCCUGGCUCGCCGCGGCGGCGUCAAGCGCAUCAGCGGCCUCAUCUACGAGGAGACCCGCGGCGUCCUCAAGGUCUUCCUCGAGAACGUCAUCCGCGACUCCGUCACGUACACGGAGCACGCCCGCCGCAAGACGGUCACGGCCAUGGACGUCGUCUACGCGCUCAAGCGCCAGGGCCGCACGCUCUACGGCUUCGGCGGGUAA